AUGGAAAUGGUGGAAGAUCCAAGGCUGAGGAUCCGAACCGAGCAGAGAUUCCUGAAGCCUGACAGCUUAUGCCACAUAAGCUGCAUCAGGCUCGACAAUGGCGCAGAUGAUAGGACUCGAGGCAGAUUGGUUCGCGACCCAUGGGCGCAUGAGAUUGGCCUCGGCGUUGUCCUAGACUACUCAGCCCCAGAUGCCGGUGAGUCAAAGCCGGCCAAAGAGCGCCGUUGCAGCCAUGGUGGCGUCUUCAUCCUCGACGGACUGAGCACGGGCCAAUACAAGGACGUUAUAGUGGGACUGCCGUCUCGCUUAACCUUCUCAGCCACUCACAGCCGCCCUGGGGUCAAAGCCCCCUGCUCGCGUGUAGGGCAGGUUUUCACCCCACGGUUGCCUCCCUUUAGGCACCUGGCACCUCAGCUUCUCAACUACAUUGAAGCUUAG